UCUGUGGUGGUCUGUGUUCUGACGACUGACGUUGAUGGCUGUUUACAUAUUUGUGCUCACUCGAAAUUAUGAUAAAUUCAAUAUAAACUCAGUGAAAUUGUGUAGAAUCUUUUUAUUAAUAUGUUUAUAAUUCAGUUAUUCAAUUAGUACGAAUAAAUGAUUGAAUAGUAAUAUCUAAUGGCUUAUACAGAGAAGGUGUCCCUCAAUGGCACCGCACUCUCGUUUUUACUAUACGAAUGUAUGAAUUCUGUUAAUAGUCAGGAGGGUUUCCUUAUCGGCGAUGUAACUUCACAAAUUACUAACCAUAUUUCGGACUCCCAAAAUGAUAGCGCCCGCCUGGACACCCAAAUUGUAAUAAGGACUGUGUUACCGUUGCCUUCAGUGUCGUUAUUUUACUUACCCACUGGUACAAUAAAGGAAGAUUUGUUAUCAGAACUACUCUCAAGUGCUGCAACUGAAGUGGUGGGCUGGUAUAAGUAUAGGAAAAAUAGCAGCAUAAAACCUACCUUCCGGGACAAAUUAAUAUCAAAAGGAUUACAAAAGUACUUCGAAAAAUAUCAUGGGAGAAAAACUUUUGUCUCAUGUAACUUAUCAAGUAAAACAUCUUCCGCCAACUCGACACAUACUCUGAUUUAUAGAUUUGGUAAAAUAAACUGCCUCGACAUGUAUGAGUAUGUUGAGGAUGUAACAGCAAAUUUGGGUGAAAAACUGACUGGAUAUAAAAAGGCAAAUAGAGUAUCACAACAUUGCAUAUUUAACAAAAUUGUCAAAGAGAGUAAUGUUCAAACUAAUAACACAGAUGAAGCAAUAUUGAAGAUCCAGGAGGCAGUAGAUGUGCGACUUAUAAAAGAAGCUAAAAUAGCGGCUAAAAAUGAGUGUUCAAUUAGGGAACUAGAAGCAGAAAUCAAAUUAAUGAGUACAAUUUUGGCCAACAAUCAAGCAGUGGACCUGGAAGCCGCAUACAAAAAAAUUGUUGAAGAAAAAUAUAUUAACCGAGAAGUUGAGAUGGCCCAAGCAUGCAUAGAUGCAUUGAAGGCCCCUACCACCGUGGACAUACUGAGUGUACCUAAUAUUUUAAUUAAUAAUAUUAACAAAAGUUUAUCUGAUAGUCAGAGUUCUACCCCGGUUAAAGAGAAUGAUGUCAAAGAGGGAACUCCCAGCCCUGUACUGAUGACUCCAAGUUGUGUGAAAUCACCAACGUUAAAUUAUGCUGCAGUGCUCAAGAAAAAUUCAGAUGCAGCUUCAACAAGUAAAACCAAUUUCAGUGAAGAUUUAAUCACCUUUGAUGUGGAAGAGAAUCAUCACAAACCUAUCCUCAUCAAUGAUAAUACCACUACUGGUGGCAGCUCCCCAGAAUAUUGAAAGUGCCUUAUAUAUGUAUAAAAUAUUUAAUUAAGUUACCAUAAACAAAACACACUAACAUGUAAACUAUCAGUUUUGUUAUUGUUGCUCAUAGUAAAUAUCCAAGGUCUAAUAUUAACAUUUCCUUGAUUUUUUCAUUGUUUUAUAUUAUUGCUAUAAAAAUUACUGUAUAUAGUAAUAUGAUUGUUUAGUUUGAUAAUAUAAUACCUUUGACAUGUGGUUAUAUUCAUAGUAUAUUUUUGUGUUCUAUAAGUUUCAGAUUCUACUUAAUUUUCAUGUUUGUCUUUGACUUUACUAGCAUUUAAGCAACUUAUUGACUACUCUCAUGAAAUAUAUGAUAUAUCAUAAUAACAUUACCAGAGAUCUUGUAAAUAAAAUUUUAUUGUUUAUAAAUGAUCAAUCAUUCAAACUUGUAGAAAGUAUUUUUGUAACAAAUUACAGGACAUAGUUAAUUCGGUAUUAUCCUAUCAGAUUCUGCAUACCUAUUGGGAAAUAAUAAUAUACUCGUGCUUGAAACCAUAAUUUAUUUGUAUUGUAUUUAAAUUUCUUGAAAACAUUAAACUUAAGGAUAAACCUAGCAGCUAACAAGCUAACCCAAUUAUUACUGAAAAAGUGGAGGGAGCCCACAUGGAAUGGCCAACAUGUAUUUUUGUAAAACUGAAUGAAAGUUAAGACCAUCAUUUCAUUAAUAAAAUUUCAUUAGGUACCAAGAUUUUUACUCAAUUCAUAAAACCCUGUAAGUUCUGUAACAUAUCAUUUGUUUUAACACCCUACUCAUUUGUCUACUAAUAUAUUGAAAUAAAACCAAAUAAAGACUUUAAUAUUU